UACUCGAUGGGCGACUGAAUAUCAGCAACACAUGGAAAUAUUGUAUUUAUUCAGGUUCUAGCUCUAUAAUCUCUGAUGGUCAAACAAGAAUGAACAAUGACACGGCAUCUUCUGUGAACAACUUCUUGAACAACACCGCCAGUUUUGUCAACAGCUCCAACAGCAGCUUUCUGAAGGAGCAGGAGUCGUGUUCAUCUUAUAAUCAAGACUAUUAUUUUGGUGAUGGUGGUCCGUCAUUGAAUCAUCACCUAGGCAACCAUUAUUCAUUAUCAUCCUCUCCAGAUCUGUUCAGGUACCAUCCUGGAUCAUCACUGCAUGGCCUUUCUAGCCCUGUACUAGCCAGAGCUCUGAACGCUCUCAACGCAGACAAAAACAGAAGACCACGAGGUGAGAAAAAACCCAUACCCGAUGAGCAGAAAGAUGAUAAAUAUUACGAAAGAAGGCGCAAGAACAACGAGGCGGCGAAGAAAUCCAGAGACGCAAGAAAACAGAGGGAGGAUGAGCUAGCCAUGAGGGCCAGUCACCUUGAGAGGGACAACUCCAUCCUCAAGGUCAAGAUCGUCUCGAUGAGGGAGGAGGCCAUGAAGUUGAGGGAGCUGUGGGUGGCCAAAUGUCAGGGUCUGGCCAUGGGCAGACAACAAAACCUGCAGGCCAACCAAAGCUCUGUGCCUGUAAGUGGGUCAAAUCAGGGGAGGUAAACAUUCCAUGUUUCUUGUACAGACACCCACACUUCUAUCCACUUAAACUUAGGUAGUUUCACAGUUUUUCUAAAACUUUCCCACCCUAAACAUUUCUGUUAAACAAAAAAAAAAACAACCUUUCAUCUAACUAAAACUGCCUUAAUAUAUUCAGGAGUUACGGGUAUUUUUGCUCAAUGUUCAGAAUUAUAUUUGUUAUACAUUGAUGAGAUGAUGUGUACAUAUG